GACAUCCACCAGGAAUUCUGCCUGCUCGUCGGUGUUCCGCCCUCCAAUGGGCCGAAGAACGCACCAAAGCCCGCAGGCUUCAGCAGGUCGCUGUACGGCCGCGCAACACACAAACGCAACACCCAAAACGCAACAUAUCUCUUCACGGCCGCGCUCUCAAACACGCUCCUAUUGACCCAGGUUGUGCUCGGCGCAGCUCUCACAGCGCUAGGCGCAUCCGAGUCUUCGCACAUUCUCAUCACCGUCUUCGGCGCACUGAACACUAUUAUCGCUGGCCUGGUGGCGUAUUUGAAGAGCAGGGGUCAGCCUAUGCGGGCAAGAAUGUUCAGAGAUGAUCUUGAUCGCGUCGUGGAUGAGAUGGAGAACAGCGAGGUCAUGUGGUUGGGGAUCCAGCAGGGGGUGCAUGGGUAUGAUGAGAUUGCCAUCGAUGACAGUGUGAGCGUGAGAAGUGAAGUGGCAAGGCUAACGAGGCUGUUGGACAAGGCUGUUAGGAGCAACACCAUGAACGACCCGGACAUGUACAUGAACGCCGUCGGCGAGGGCGCCAACGCCGCCCUGCGCGCGCGCCCACCGCAGCCUCAAAUCAUCACAGCUCCAGAAUCCUCUCCGAGCGCCACCAGCAACGCUUCUGCGCCUGCGAACAGCGCUGCGCCACCAGCAGCAGCAGACCCGGACGCGAGCCCUGCGACAGCGCUGCCA